AUGCAAGAAAACCUUGCCAUCGUCUACAAUGCAAUACAGGUACUGUAUUCGGGCACGAACAACGCCGAGGCACAACAAUGGAUAAACGCGUUCACCAAAUCGACGGACGCGUGGAUGGCCUGCGACCAGAUUCUGGCCGAGCGCAAGGACCCCGUUGCCUGCUACUUUGCCGCCCAGACGCUCCGGCAGAAGAUUGUCAAGAACCUGAAGGAGGUGCCCGAGGCCAGCCUUGAGUCACUGCGCGAGUCCAUCAUCAACCACCUGACGCAGAUCCACGUAGUCGACCAGACAUCUGAGGCCACAUCUACGCAGUUGUGUCUCGCGGUGGCAAAUCUCUACAUACAGGUGCCCGUAUGGACCAACUUCAUCGCCCAGCUGCUCAACCGGUUCACCGCGCUCAGCGGAGAUCGCACAAAGAUGCUCUUGACGCUCCUCAAGGUAUUUCCCGAAGAAGUCGAGACGUCGUGCGUCGGGGAAAAUCGCCGGGAAGCCAUUCGCCAAGAGUUGGCGAUGAGCGCCGACAGCGUCAUCCUAUAUCUGCGCACAGUGCUCGAGGCAGCCCUCCAGAAGCGCCCGGCCGAGGAGGACUUGAUCAAGAAGGUCGUCCAGUGCCUCGCCGCCUUGCUGCAGAACCCCAGCAUCGAGACGAAUAACAUCGCGCGGUCCGACCUGAUCGGCUUCGUCUUCCAGAUUCUGUCAGCCCCCGCGGUCAGCCACCCCCUGCACGACGCGGCCACCGAGUGCAUUGUCGCGGGCCUGUUGCGCAUCGAGGACUUCCACAAGCACAAGGAGCUCGCCGUCAUCCUGCACCGGGCCAUCUUCGCCCUUCGCCCCGUCUGGACCGCCACCAAUCAAGAGGACACGGACCGAUUGCAAAACUUCACACGCGUGUUUGUCGAGCUGACCGAGAGCCUCAUCGAGCCGGUCGUCAACCAGGAUCGGGAUGCCACACCGCUUCAAGACAUUGCCAUCUUCGAGUUCCUGAUCCUGGCCGCCGAGCACUUUGAUUAUGCGCUGAUCGAAAUGACGUUCAACGUGUGGUACCGGAUCUCUGAGGCCCUGUUCAUGAUCGACGACAACGACCACGUGGGCCAGUUCAAGCCGUUCGUCGUGCGCUACCUACAAGCCCUCGCCAAGCACUCUCAAUUCGACGUCGACGAGGCCGGACUGCCCGACCAGGACUCUGACUUCAACGAUUUCCGCCGAAAGGUGCGCGAGACCGUCAAGGACGUCGCGUUCAUCGUCGGCACCGACGAAUGUAUCAAGCUGAUGUUCAACAACAUGGCCGAGGCGGCGAAGAACAAGGAGACGUGGGAGAAGACGGAGGCCGCACUCUUCAUCUCGUCGAAUGUCAUCGAGAACCUGUUGCCUGAAGAAGACUCCGUGGUGCCGGAGCUGAUCAACCAGCUCGUGCAGCUCACCCCGGCCACCGGACACCCCUGCUUGAUCAUGACGGCCAUCCAGUUCAUGGGCGGGUGCUCCGAGUGGCUCGCCAAACAUCCGGCACUGAUCGAUCGCGUAAUGCAAUGGCUCUUCCACUACCUCGAGAGCCCGGUCUUUGUCACGACGGCAUCCGGUAGCAUUGAGCAGAUUUGCGACCAUGCUCCGGUCGUCCACUACGUACCAGCGCUCAUCACCGCCAUCGACCGCCUCGAGGCGAUCACCACGAAUGGGAAGAACGUCGAGAAGGCCGCCCAGGACCUCACUAAAGCCGCCGCCACGCUGUGCAACCACCUGGACCGCGAGGAGUUGACGUUGCGGCUGCGCGCCCUGUGCGACCCGAUAUUGAUGAAGCUGCAGCUGAUCCUCGAUGCCGACAUUCCAGCGGCCGCCGACGAGAACAAGGGCGACGGGUGGAUACAAAUGGCCCACCGGCCCAUAAUUUGGAUCGACCGCCUGGCGGCCAUCUUUCGCGUGAUCAAGCCCUACCACACGGAGAAAGGCGCCUACGACCUCAGCAAGCCGCCAUGGCUCGAGGUGGCCGGAAACACCUGGCAGGCCACCUCGCGUUGCCUCCAGAAGUACCAAGCGAAUGACCGUCUCGUUGAGCACACCUGCAGGGCCAUCCGCCACGUCGUCCGCUCGCUCGGCACCCACUCGGAGCCGUUCGUGCAGCCACUCAUUCUUCAGUUGAUGGACAUCUACAGUCGGCACCGCCACUCUUGCAUCCUCUACCUCGCCUCCAUCCUCGUCGACGAGUACGGGGCCACCGAAAAUUUGCGCGAUGGGCUGAUGGAGAUGCUCAGGAGCCUGGCGGUGAACACGUUCCCGGUGCUCGACCAGGAGCACGGCUUCCGCAACCACCCCGACACCGUCGACGACCUCUUCCGGCUGGCCCACCGCUACAUAACCCGGUGCCCGUCCUCCUUCUUCGUGCACCCGAUCUGCCAGCCGCUGUUCGAGUGCUGCCUCCACGCCCUGCACGUCGACCACACCGAGGCGAGCCGCUCGGUGACGAAGUACUGCAACGAGAUGCUCAACCAGCUCGUGACGGCGCGCAGGAUGCAAUACGAAGACGCAGGCGUGAAAGCCGCCGACGAGCUGAUGCGCACCAACGCCGGGCGGUUGCUGGAGCACGCGUUGAAGGCCGGUCUCUUCGACGUGUCGAGCAAGCUGCUCCGAGACUUUGCCGAGAUCAUCGCCGGCCUCGGCAAGUACGACGCCCAGCUACAAGCGAGAGCCCUCAGCCACGCGCUCGGACAGUUGCCCCGGGGCCCUGCCACCGAAGCCCAGCUCGCCGCCGCGCACGCUGACAUCUGCAGGGGCGGCGGUGACGCGCGUCUGGUGGUGGGCGUGCUGCGCGACUUUGUCAAGCUGUACGGC